CUUGAAGAGGCCGAAUCCGAUGACGAAUAAGCCUGGAAAUACCAGUGUCUGUCUGUCUGUGGUUGAUUUUGGCUAAAUCGGGUUUCAUAUGUGCUCCACGUUGCAAUGUAUAUGAGGAAAUUCUCACCCAAACUGUAUCCUUCCACUUCUUGAGGAUAAUAUCGAGCCUUUGUCAGCUGGGAUCUGAUUGAUCACUUUUACAUAAUUUUUCGUGGUCUCGACUGCGAAAGUCGUGAGGCUCAGAAUUUGAUUCUCGUGCAUGCAUAUGGCAGUCUGCGUUCGCGACUGAAUCGGCGGUACCCCAAACCAUCAUCAUGACCUCCCAGCCACACAACAAGACAGCAGGUUACCUAGAGGUGGAGACCCAAGACGAGAGACGCGAGCGAUUAGAACGUUUGUUCGCUUCUCAGGCGGCCUUAGAUCAUCCCAUCAGUGAUACAAAUCGACGUGCAGACGGCGCCCCGUCUUUUCCAACUAGCGAUGGCCGCGCACCUUACCGAGUAGAUCCACCCACUGCGCUGCUAAAGCGUGUCCAAGCAUUUCUUCCACAAAUUCAUCAAGCGAACGAGGAUUUGGAUCCCGCAACUGCCAAUAUUGAGGACGGAGAAGAUGAACAGGGCCGAUAUAUUGAAAUGAUGCUUGGUUUGGGAGUGUUUGAGCAGCGAAGGCGUGGACAGGAAGGGUCCGAGUCGCCAUCGGAAUCUUCCGAUUCAUCAUCCCCAAGCGAUGGCGAUGACGGCGACAUGAAGGUGAUCGAGACCGAGAGAAAGGGGAGGAAGAAGAAAACGGGACGAGUGAAAGAAGAGGAACGCGGUGAAGCGUUUCAAGUGACUAGCGGCCCAGAAGGGGACACGAUCAGGAUUUAUGAGGGGCAGGACGAUUAAUGAAUGAGCUAGCCGCCGAACCUAUAACCAUCAUUAAAUCUAGGUUCCCCGCCCCUGUACAUAUACUUGUUACGGGCCAUCCCAA